AUGUCCAAACGUCGUCUUGAUAUCGAAAAUAAAGAAAAUGAACCUGAACAAUCUUCAUCAUUUAUUGAUAUAAACGAAUCAAAUCCAACAAAAAAAUUUAAAAUUAUUGAUACAACAAAUAUCCAACAAAGUGAACCUUUAUCUGUUGAAGAAGAUAAUGAUGAAGAUAAAGGACCAUGGCCAAUUGAAUCAGUUAUUCAAAAUUAUGAUGGUACAAUUCAUCCAACUAAUAAACAAUACAUUCUAUAUGAAAAUACAAAACCUAAUAUGAUUUCGAAAACAGCUCGUUUUUGGAGCCGUAAAUAUUUAAAAGUUCUUCAACAUGUUGAUCCAGAUGUAUAUAAUAUGUAUAUUCAUAAUGAUUUUGUUUGUUAUGGUGAAUUAGAAAUUAUUGAAAAUUGUCUUAACGAUAUAGCUAAAGGAAUAUUUCUUAAGCAUAAAAAACAAAUGAAUUUUUCUCAUUAUAUUUUUGCAUUUCGUCGUCUUGAAGCAUUAACUAUCGUACUUAAUAGUUCUCAUUAUUUUGUUGGUAUUGAUGAUGGAAAUCGUUUUGAUGAAAUUAUACGUGUUAUUGGUGCUUGUUAUGUGACAAUUCUUCGUGGUUUAUUACCAAAAUCUAUGUUUAAUAAUGAAGAAUUGACUGAUGAUGAUAUGAAAAAAUUAAAUAAAAUUUCACAACAAUUACCAAAUUUUAAACAAGUUAUUAAACAAGCACUAAUACUUGGUCAUAUGCUUUUGUCAAUUGGAUCUAUACAAAGUGCAUAUACGAAUAUACUUCAAACUAUUUAUUGUACUUGGUCAGAAGUGAUGGAUAAAAUUCGUAUUAAUUUAAAUGAAAAACCGGAUAAAAAAGAUGAAGAUAUUUGGAAAGCAUUAAAACAUGCAUUCAAAAUAAAAAAAAAUACUUUUAAAGAAUCAUUUAAUUUUAUAAAAGAAUUAGAUCUUUAUUCGAAAACUAAUCCUGAUUUAGGUGGUAAUUCACAUGAUCUUCGUAAAUGGUCUAAAUCUCAACGAAAUUUAUAUUCAUUGGAUAAUAUUGAUGAUGAAGAAGAAGAUGAAAGUUUUUGGUUUCGAUUAUAG